AUCACCUGACUCUGUCACCACCGAACAAAAUGUCGUCGUUCUUCAACAAGCUCUCGGCCAAGCUCUCCGAAGCCUCCAAGACCAUCCAGCAGAAGAUUCACCACCGUGCAGCCGGACCGGUCGGCCAAGCUGACCUCGAAGACUCGAACGUGGCCAACAUCGGGUCGGCGGAGGACCGCGCGGCGCGCAAGGCGGCGGCUGAGACCGAGCCGGCGUGGGAGGGCGCUGGUGCCGCGCCGGGUAUCGAGAUCUGGCGGAUCGAGAAGUUUGAGGUGAAGAAGAUCGACGCGGCUGACCACGGCAAGUUCUACGGCGGCGACUCGUACAUCAUCCUCCUCACCACCGAGAACGAGGACGGGACGCUCAAGUGGGACAUCCACUUUUGGCUCGGCGCCGAGACCUCGGUCGACGAGAUGGGGACUGCGGCGUACAAGACCGUCGAGCUUGACAACUUGCUCGACGACGCGGCGGUGCAGCACCGUGAGGUUCAGGACCACGAGUCGUCGUCGUUCCUCGCCGCCUUCAACCCGGCCAUCCAGGUCCUCGCCGGCGGUAUCGACUCGGGCUUCCGCCACGUCGAGCCCGAGUCGUACACCCCGCGCCUGCUGCAUGUCAAGAAGGUCGGCAAGAACACCCGUGUCUCACAGGUUGCGCUCGAGGCCGCCUCCCUCAACCAGCACGACGUCUUUGUCCUCGACGCUGGCCUCACUCUCUACCAGUUUGAGGGCGAGAUGGCCUCGGCCUUUGAGAAGCACAAGGCCGCUGAAGUUGUCGCAGCCAUCCGCUCCGACCGCGACGGCCAGCCCGAGAUGGGCGAGCCGCUCUCGCCCGAGUUCUGGGAGCUGCUUGGCGGCGAGGCCGAGAUCUCAACUGAGGACCACGCCCCGUCCGACCCGGCCCCGGAGCCGUCGCUCUGGAAGCUCACCGACGACUCGGGCGAGCUCACCUUUGACAAGGUCGCCGACGCCCCGCUCAGCACCGACAUGCUCGAGUCUGACGACGUCUUUAUCCUCGACACCGGCAUCGAGGUCUUCAUCUGGAUCGGCGAGGGCGCGUCCUACGGCGAGCGCUACAAUGCCAUGCCGCACGCCAUGGAGUACCUCACCAACCAGAACCGCCCCUCCUACCUGCCCAUCACCCGCCUUGUCCAGGGCGGCGAGACCCAGGCCUUCAACAAGUGCUUCGAGUAGACGCUGUCCCACGCAGCGCAGAUCCCAUCGGCUUGGUCUGGUUUGCGCCAGAUCUCGCCCCCCCCCCCCUCCCCCCCCGCACACACAUAUCUUUUGUUCGGUAAACAGCAGAGAUCGU